UCUCCUCCCUGAUCUCCUCCCCUUCUUUUUCCUCCCACCCCUGUCCGGAGAUUUCAGCGGGGAAAGGACCUCGCUCGCCUAUCGAUCAGGGCAAGGGAAGAAGAAGAGGCGGCUGAGCAAUAAGGGCUCGAGCCUUAUCCCGGAGCAGUGAGCUGCAGCUGCGGCUCCUGUGAUUUCAGCACCAAGAGUGCUGGACAGCUCCCAUUGCGGCGGGCGAAGGUACCGCUGCCAGUUGGGUUCAAUCUAGGUCCGCCAAGGGAGGCAUUGGCACACAAAGCCUGCUGGAAAGGAGGAAGGGAAGCAUUUUUUUAUCUUACUGAAGCAGCCAGGGGAUCCUCUCCUCUCUGGUUUUGCCGCAAACCUUUCUCCAAAGCCACGGUCAGAGCAGCAAAGAAGACCUAACACACGGGAGGAUGCUUCUCAAGCUGUCUUUACUGAUACCGGUGCUGGCACUGAUUGUAGGCCAGGCACAUGGAUUCCCCAAGCCCGAGGGUACUAGAGGAGAUAAAGCUUUACACAACAGAGAAUUAAGUGUAGAGAGACCACUAGAAGAACAGAUUGCCGAGGCAGAGAUGGAUAAAGUGAAAAAGCCAGCCUCUACAGACAACAAGCCGGAAUUCAGAAAUUACUCAUUUGCUGAUGACCUGAACCUGCUCAAAUUGGCAGCAGAAAAAGAGAGGAAGGAGAAGGAAAGGGAAUCAAUCAGGAGCUCCUUGUAUGACCAACAGCUUGCCCUCGAGGAUACAGAUUCCACCAAGAGCCGGAGGCUGGUUGAUGAUUAUGACUCCACUAAAAGCAGCCCGGACUAUAAAUAUCAAGAUGAUCCAGAUGGACUCCACCAACUUGAUGGUACUCCAUUAACAGCUGAAGACAUCGUUCAGAAGAUUGCCAUGAGGAUAUAUGAGGAAAAUGACAGAGGAGUCUUUGACAAGAUCGUUUCCAAGCUUCUAAAUCUGGGACUCAUCACAGAAAGCCAGGCCUACACACUGGAGGAUGAAGUGGCUGAAGUAUUGCAGCAGCUCAUUGCUAAUGAAGCAAACGAUCGCGAAAAGGCAUCUGAAGAUCUUGGUGACAUUCCAACCAGAGAAGAGAGUAAUCCCAAUGAAAAACAGGAGGAAAACAUGGCUACGAAAAAUACUGAUCAAGAUGACACAUUGGAUAACACGUGGACUUCCUCCAACAUCUUGGAAAGAAGAAACGAACUGCCUCCUGAGGAUAAUUUUGAAGAUCUCCAGUAUUUCCCUAACUUUUAUGAGCUACUGAAGAGUCUCAACACAGAGAAAGAAGCCAAAGAAAAAGAAACCCUCAUAACGAUCAUGAAGACUUUGAUAGACUUUGUGAAGAUGAUGGUGAAAUAUGGAACAAUCACACCAGAAGAGGGUGUUUCGUACCUAGAAUUGCCUAUACCUACCCUGAAUUUUUGGACUUGGUCAUAUAUGGUUCGAUUUCUCUUUUCUCUUGCUCUUGAAGGGAAAGCAGAGGCAUAUUUGGAAGCCAUCAGAAAGAACAUAGAAUGGUUGAAGAAGCACAACAAGCAAGGAAAGAAAGAAGAUUACGAUCUUUCUAAACUGCGGGACUUCAUCGACCAGCAAGCCGACGCCUACGUAGACAAGGGCAUCCUGGAUAAAGAAGAGGCAGACGUGAUCAAACGUAUCUAUGGCAGCCUGUAAAGAGCAGGAAAGCGGACGUCUCUUGAAGCUGUAGGGAAUUCUAGUCGAGCUUCACCCACACCUAGUACAACCUCCUUUCUCCCUGCCCUCGCCUCUCACCCCAAGAUUAUUAGAAAGUAUUCUCUCUGCAUUGUACUGAAUUUAUUCCAGGUGAAAAACCUUGGUCCACAACCCACUAUGACUGCAUCUUCAUUUUUCCCUACACAUCAACCAUUCCACUUAAGUCAGGGGUUUUUUGCUGCCCACUUUCUAGUCAACAGGGUAAAAUGCUGGCAUCAUGUUGCCGUUAGCCUAAUUUUUGACAUCCUCUAGGGAAGGCAGAUCUCUUCCCCCUCACGCCCAGCAUCCGCCAACUUGUUCCACCAUUCAUUGGCUUUGUAGAGAUGCCACUCUGUGCAUUUGCAAAGGGCAUUAUUAGGAUGAGAAUGAUGCAACUAAAUAUUAAGAAAUCUCACAUUCGGGUUCCCAUUUGUCGAUCCUAUUUUUUCGUGUCAAAGAUGGUCCCAUUGGAAUUCGUAUGUCGCCAUUUCCUCGCUGUUUGGUGCAUUCUGUAUUGCGUCCCUGUCUGUGUGCCAUUGAAUAGCUGCUACAUGUUUGACACACUGCAUCAAGCCUUUAAAGUAGAUCUUACAGGGAGAAGGAACUGUUUUGUCACGGCAUUGCAAUGGUCAGGUACACCAGCAAUGUUGUCAUUAACACACCUUCAUAGUUCUUUAAUAAGUGUUAUUUCUCUGCAUGCAUAAAGAAUGGAAUUCUUGAUGUGAGUAGCCUAAUGGCACAUGUAAAUAGCUGUUAAUUUAUAAGGAGGAGGAGAAGAAAUUGACAGACAAAGCAUUUGAGGAGCCUAGAAUUAGAAGUGUACUUAGGAUGAGAGGUUUCAAUAUCGAUAUAGGUUGCUCAUCAUCUCUGCCAGUCAGACCAUGCAAAGUUUUGAACUUUUGGCUUGCAUCGAAGGAAAUUGCUGUUAUACCCUCAAGCUUGUUAGAGAUUGAAUGGCCAUUUAGCACAAUGGGCUGUAUCCAGUGUUAGUCCUACUCAAAAGGAGACCUACUGAAGUUAAUAAGCACGGCUAACUUUUAUUUCUUAAGUUCUGUGGGUCUAGUUCAGGGUUUCCCAAACUUGGGUCUCCAGCUGUUUUUGGACUACAGUUCCCAUCAUCCCUGACCACUGCUCCUGCUAGCUUGGAAUCAUGGGAGUUGUAGUCCAAAAACAGCUGGAGACCUAUGUUUGGGAAACUCUGGUCAAGUUGAACACAACCCAGUGUUUCUCAAAUGGCUAAGAGAUGAAGCAUACUUUUAUCAGGUCUAUAUCCCUCUUACACCUAAGCAGAUACAGUUAUGCAGUGUGUGGGAAACAUGUCUUUAAAAAAAAAAAAAGCUUAAAAGAAUUUUGAACGUGCCUCCAAAUUGCCCUAGGCAUGCCUGUCUCCAAUGACACAUGCAAAGAGACAAUGAUCAGCUUCAUCAGAGGACAGGGUAUUCUGCUGCCACUGCCUCGGGAAUAGGUGAAUGAUCCAAUCACAUAUCCUGAAUUGUUGUGACAGAAUAAUCUGCCCUUUCAGAAGCAGAGAUUGGCUGGGGGAGGGGGGGGAGCUAAGACCAGAGUUGGAUAUCAUGCAGAGUUGCAGCAGGCAACCUCUUUUGCAGAUGGGAAUUUGGAGUCCAGGGGGGACUUUGAUGAUUUCACUAUUUAACUUCUUGUGUUGGUUCUACUGUGGUAUGUUGUGGCACACAGCUUUGGGGAACAACUGAUUUACCAUAAUCAUGACUGUAAAAAGUUGGAAGGAGAAGCAACAAUGCAAUAAAACAACAACAACACGUGGGCUUUCCAGUUGUGCAAGGGAAAUGGGUUGAUUAGUAUUAAAAGAGAGAAUAAAUAAGUGAGAAAAGAAAUAAACAUCCCCCCGCUAUGAGGAAAGGUUACAAUAUCUGGGGCUUUAAAGUUCAGGGAAAAAAUGUGAAUAAGGCAGGACGUGAUUGAAGUAAAUAAGAUUCAGGUAAUUAGCUGUGUUGGUCUGACACAGUCAAAAUAAAUUAAAAAAUUGUCCUGUAGCACCUUAGAGACCCACUAAGUUUGUUCUGAGUAUAAGCUUUCAUGUGCAUGCACACAUCUUCAGAUACCUGAAGAAGUGUGCAUGCACACGAAAGCUUAUACCCAGAACAAACUUAGAAGUAAAUAAGAUUAGACAUCGUGUGGAGAAAGCAGAAUAGAGACAUUUUCCCUCUUUCCUUUUAUAAUAAUAGAACCUGUGGGGCAUUGAGCGAAGCUGAAUGUUUGGAGAAUCAGGGCAGACAAAAGAAAAUACUUAUUCACCCAGUCCAUGGUUAGGGUUACCAUUCACUUAUCUAGGAGUGUCUGAACAUUCCUCGGUAGGAAAAACACAGCUUGCCUUUCCCCCACCUCUGCCUCCCUAAAUCAUACGCAGAACUAGGACCUGCAGAUAUUCCCCCAUUUUAGAAGAGAAACUUGCCACACCUUUUAAAGCCUUCCUGGGAUUGUUGCAGCUAUGAGUAGAAUUCUGGCUACUACUUUAGUUGUGUAGUGGUUUCUAUGUGCUAGACACUGUGCAUAUCACACAUGUGGAGCUCCAAAGAGGACUUAUCUGGAAAGAAAAAAGGAAUGCAGAAAAGGGAGGGUUAGAUCUGUGUGACCCACACGUGGGUUAUUAACAAAAGAAUUGGCUGGAUUCCUGGCUUCAAAACAUGGGGCUUAGCACACUCCCCGACAGAGUUUAAAAUAGUCACAGAGUUAAGCAGCAGUAUAGCAUGGGAAUAUAGGUUGUUUUCAUAUCCCAUUUCGUCUGCUUACUGUCCUUGACAUUGCCACUCUAUCCCUCUGGCAAUGAACAAACCACACAGUUAAGUAAGGUUAAAAUACUUUACUUACAAAAUCAAAAGUUCUGGUUCAUGUGUUGUUCCAUGCAACCGUAAGGAGAGCACAAGUAGAAUACUCCUGGGUACAAAAGAAAGAAAGGUGGUUUCAAGCAAGCAGUCUGAGGUUGGAGCAAGCUCAGGCAAGUCCUUCCUGGUUGAUGACAUGGUGCAAAGAGAGUGAGAGAAUAGAAGAGGAAGAGGUGAGAUGGUGUGGUCUGAGUUGAGGAAUAGACCUCUCUGAUCUUAACGCCUUCAUGCAUUAACUAGCACUCAUACAUAGUUACGGCUGACUGCAAUUUCCCACUAAAAGAACAUCUAGAUGGCAAUGGUCAGAUGAAAGUGUGGCUGAGGUUGCUGAAAAAGUUAAUUUUGAGAAGAUACAUAAAGGGAGUAGGGAGUAGCAUGACAAAGAGGGAGAGGAAUGUGGCUCAGAUACAGGAAGUGUAAGAAAUCCCCAUUUUGACCAAAGAUAGAUGUAAGUAGGAGCAGGAGUGAUGACAAACAAGCUUUUGCAUAAUGGGCAGAAAAGAAAGGAGCCUAAUUUUGAGUUUAGCGGAGGGAGGCAGGCUAUAGGGCAGAAAUAAGAGCAGGUUUUAAAGAGAAGGAUGUGGGAUGAUGAACUCGAUUGCAGAGAGCUAUAGGGCAUCACUUGAAAGAUUUAAGGAGGUGGUAGGAAGAGGUGGCAUUAACCACAGGAUGCUAGAUGCAGGUAACAGUUUCACUAUACUGUAGUCAUAUAGAAAGAAACCGAUCUAGCCUGGAGGUGCUGGAAGCAAGAAGCAGAAUUUGCUUGCAUUUUAGGUGAUGAAGGAGGUAAAGAUGACCCCAGGCUUUCUUUCCAACAAGAGAAUUAGAGGUGUGUUGGAGAAUUAGCAAGACUUGUGCUAGAGAAGCAGAUCUGCAAGUCCUUAACGUGAAGGUUGUAGCAGAAGCUGUCAAGAUGCAGAGAAGUUGUGCGCAGAGGAGCGGGGACAGAGAGAUAAAAGGGCAAAGUUCUUUGUGGUUCCUACUAAGGAAUAGAGAAAGAGAAGAAAGUAGAAUCACCCAACUUGUGGAAAACACAAAAUGGGGCUCCAUGUAUGGCGUUUCCUAGAUUUGUCAGCCCAGUUGUGUGGAAUGGAUCCAUCCCUGACCUAGCAACUUGCAAGAGCUGGCAGGAAAUGGUCCAUGUCAUUGCUCUGACACACACUGGAGCACAGGAAGCUGCCUUGUACUGAGUCAGACCACCCAGUUCAGUAUUGUCUACUCUGACUGGCAGCAGCCCUCCCUGGAGACACCUGGGGCUGAACCUGGGACCUUCUCCAUGCAAGGCAAAUACUCUACCACUGACCACAGUUAACAAGGAGACCACUAAGUGGCUUACACUUAGCACUGCAUUGGAUACAACCCAGUGUCUUUUUUUAAUGGCAAGGGAAUAUUGCACCAACAGCAGCAGGUUCAUUUCCCUCUGCUUUUGUCCGGUGCACGUUCCUAAGCACGGGCUCAGUCAGGCUGCAUCAAAUGCAGCGGCUUUUCAUGGCGUGAGAUGACAGUGCAAAGAGGAGGCAGCCUCAUCCAUCACCCUGCACUGCUGAAGGGCUGUGGCUUGCACUAAAAGGCGGCCAGUGUGCCAUUUUGGUCAUCACCAUUAGCACUGCAAGUGCCCAAUAUGGUACUCUGACAAUUGGAGGCUUUUGCUAUCACAGCAUUUUAGUAGCAAUUUUCAGACCAUAGCUUGCUAGCAUUUUCUCUUAUCACCUCCAUGGAAUGAAGUAGGUAUCCUGCACAUCUCCAGUUGUAAUCCCACCCAGCACCACCUUUUUUUUUUAACAUUCAAAGUAUCUUUUAGAACUUAAGUACUUUGAGGUGUCUUCACUAUUUAAAACUAUGCUGACGGGCAAAUGUAACAGACGUAUUCUACAUUCACAAUACACUUUUCUAAUACAAUCCUGUUUCUGAUACUGUACUUUAUUAAAUGCUUUACUACAAGAUACAGUGGCGCAGGUUUUCAUUUUCUUCUU